AUGCACAACACGACUUUCAACGCGGCAGGUUCCGCUUCAGGUGCGCAAGAGACAUUGGCAACUGUCCAGGCUGACAAGUUUUCUGAUUCGUCUGACGCUACUGGUGAGGAUGGAUUAUGGGGCUCUGAAGAUGGUGACCAAGCCGAGAAAAGAGACCAAGAUGCUCGUGGAUCCUUUCAGUCAGUAUCUUUGGCGUUGCCCACCCGCUCUGCCCCUCCACUUGCUCUACCGGGUCGCAACGUUAUUCCACUACCAGCAAGACCCACACCAACAACAGACAUACCAGUUCAUCACAUUCAGAAUCCCUCACAAUCACAAUUUCCUUCUGAUCUACAAUCUGAUUUUAUCCCAUCCAUAGAAAACACCAACUUAUUAAUUCCUGACAUCCCUGUGCCAUCCUCUAGCCAAUAUCCAAGUCAUGCAAAUGACAUUCCCGUUCCUCAACAACCACAGCAGGAGCAAUUCAUCGACCCCGCUCUUCUCUCUACUGAUUUUACUGGGGCUGAUUCCCUGGAUUGGAUUUACGAAUUUGCUAUUCCCAACUACAUCCACCCUACAGCAGCACCCAGCGACAAUAUCCCUGUACCCCCCCUGACCCACUACCAAGAGCCUCCACAAUUUAUCAACCCCGCACAUCUGCUGUUGAAUCCAAAUGGGGCUGGUUCCCCAAACUGGCCGGGCAAUCUUUCUAUUACCCCGCAACACUUAGGCUAUACCAACCUCGCGCCAGGAGCUGGACCUCCUGUCGCCUCUACCUCCCAACCGCCUGCCGCAUCUUCCUCCCGCAAGCGUGCUCGAAAAGCGUCGGAAAACGAACAUGAGCCUCAAGCAAAGAAAAUCCGACAAAGAGAUCCCGAAAACCCCAAAAUGCAAAAAGCGCCUUGUCCUUGGCCCGGUUGCGGAAAGAUGAUCGUCAUCAAAAACAUGCAGAGACACAUCGACGGUAUGCAUCUUGGCAAGAAGAAGGUCCAAUGUCGGUACCCAGAUUGUAGGAAAAUUCUAGCAUGGGAAGGUGAUCGGACUAGACAUUACAGGACUGUACAUCGCGGACAACCCCCACCGCCUGAUAAAUCACCUUCCCCUGAAGGCACGCCUCAUCUAGAUGGCCCACCUGCUCCUCAAGGUCCACCACCACCACCACCACCCCCGGGGGCGAGCGGGAUUGCUGCAUGCUGA